UUUCGUUUUUUUGUAACUUUCUCUUUCUUUCUACAUAAGCCAUCUAGCGCGAAAUUAAUCAACUUAUAGCAUACAGUCACUAAGAAAACCUUCCGAAUAAUUUGCCCAUAGAGCCAGUACCAGUAGUUAAAAUAUUACAUCACGCACAUUCAUUCGUUUCGGCACGUGUUCCAGAGUAGUAACACUUUCAGUAUUUCCUCCGAUAUCCUCUUUAUUAUUCCAAGGUUUGACACAGUGGCUUUCUAAAUCGCUUAUUGUUUCCUGACAAUUUCUUGAGCUUAUUUGUAGUGCAUCAAAUUGUCUUGCGGACAUAUAGAGUUGCAUCAACGUCGUUUUAUUCCAGGGAAAAAAAGUAGCAACCGAAAACGUCGUCAAAAAAUAGGACACGCAAAUUGUGACCUGUGUGUGUGUGUGUGGUUCCUGCGUUUUGUCAACUUCGUAUUCGUUCAAAAUGCCUAAAGUCUCCAGAGAAGAGGAGCAAGAAGAGCACUCGCCGAUGACUCAAAACGGCGGUGAUGCGAGUAACAACAACAAGGUAACGAUGGAACGCCAAUUAGGUUUAAUGAAUGGCAUAGCCAUGAUCGUUGGAUCUAUUGUUGGAUCCGGUAUCUUCAUAAGCCCGAAAGGUGUCCUCCAGUCGACAGGAUCCGCCGGAUUGUCCAUUAUUGUGUGGGCGUUGUGCGGACUCGUUUCGUCUGUCGGUGCCAUAUGCUACGCUGAAUUAGGAACCAUGAUAAAUUCCUCGGGUGGCGAUUACGCAUACUUGGGCGAAGCCUACGGUCCUUUGCCGGCCUUUCUCUAUUUGUGGGCAGCUGUGCUCAUCAUCAUUCCUGUCUCAAACGCUAUUAUAGCCUUGGCCUUCGCCAAUUACAUCCUCCAACCGAUAUGGGGCGCUUGCCCACCGUCGGAUUCAGCCGUCCGACUACUCGCCGCCUUUGCCGUCGGCGUACUCGCUUUCAUCAAUUGCUGUAACAUGCGCUGGGUCGCCAAAUUGCAAACGGUAUUCAUGGCGGCUAAAGUCAUUGCCUUGGGGCUCAUUAUAACCACCGGAGGCGUCGCUUACUUUCUCCAAGGUGAAAGUCGGGGAUUUCAGGAACCCUUCCGCAACACGUCCACCGAUCCUAGUUUGAUCGCCUUGUCGUUUUAUUCGGGACUCUUUUCUUAUGCUGGAUGGAACUGUUUGAAUUUCGUCGCCGAAGAAGUGCGGGAACCAAACAAAAAUCUUCCGCGGGCUAUAUUGAUCUCGAUGCCCAUCAUCACGGUUGUGUACGUCAUGACCAACGUGGCUUAUUUGAUCGUGUUAACGCCCGAAGAGAUAUUAGAUUCCUCCGCCGUCGCAGUGACGUUUGGCGAUCGUGUGUACAGUUCAUUCACCUGGGUGAUUCAGUUGCUGGUGGCUAUUUCCGCUUUGGGCACCUUGCACAGUAGCAUCUUUAGCUCGUCGCGCAUCUUCUUCGUCGGCGCCCGCAAUGGACACCUUCCGGGCUCGAUAGCGCUGAUUAGCAUCAACAAUCUCACGCCAAUUCCUUCCAUCCUGUUCAUGGGUGGAUUGACUAUGGUGAUGCUCGUCGUGACUGACGUCUACGUGUUGAUUAAUUACACCUCCUUUGUGGAGGCCACGUUCGUAGCGGCCGCUGUUGGCGGACUCUUGUGGCUCAGGCGAACGAGACCAAACGCCGCUCGACCUAUUAAAGUGAGUUUGGUAUACCCGAUAGCGUUUUUCGCGGUCUCCAUCUUUCUGGUGUGCUUUCCCAUUUUUUCCAGUCUGGUGGAAGUCGUCACGGCCGUCGGAAUCACCAUUACCGCCGUUCCAGUUUUCUACUUUUGCAUCGCCUGGAAGAAGAAACCCAAGUGGCUCUCAUCGACCAGCAAUCAAUUCACUUUGCUGUGUCAGAAAAUAUUCCUAGCCGUCCCGGAAAACGCCGGAGGCAAGACUUACUGACGGGUGCGCAAUUUCAAUUCAAAAAACUAAUUUUCGCGGCUUUUGAAACCCCGAUCCCGGUUUGUUUUGAACGACUGCUUUCCAUUUUUUAAAAACGCGGUCGUUAUGUGGAAGCCUGUAUCAUCUCGUGCAUCUAAUGAAAGUGAUAUUUCAUAAUAAAUUAAUAGGGAAGCGAA